GCUGAGCAACAUAAGUUCACUGAUUGUGUGUUAUCUGUCACCGUAGACAAACUAUGGUGCAUGGACGAACUGUGUUGGUGCUCUCUGUAUGUAUCAUUGGUGGAUGUUUAGGUCACUUACAGAGACCGAAAAUAUCAGAUUGAUAAGAGUCAACAAAGCAAUGCCUGUGUGCCAAUACACCUGAGUUUCUCUGUUGUGUGUCAUACUCGGUCUUGUGUAGUAUCUCGAACUCUCUACUUUCAUACAUUUGAAUGUGUAUGGCUCCGAAAUACUGCUAGACAGCAACGGAAGGACAUUGCUUGUGCUAAAAUUUGUGUCUGAGAAUUGUACGUGUGAUGUGUUAAGAUUUUGAGUGGAAUUUCGUUAGUCAUUCAGUGUUAUUGUGAAGCUCCUAUUUGUCAAUAUGACUUCUUCCGAUACUGCGCAAGUUAGCUCUCUACCAUUACCACCUGUGCAAUACAUAAAUCAAUACACAGAUGAAAACAUUAGACGAGGAAGAGCACCUAGACCACCACCUGUUAUUCAUGAUACAUAUUCCAUGUUUGGAAAUCCAUUUAAUGCUGAUGACAUUAUAAUUAGGCCUCUUGAAAGCCAGGGAAUAAAGAGAUUAUACCCACAACAUUUUGAUCGGCGCCGUGAGCUGCGUAAAUUGAACCAUUCCCUUCUUGUGAACUUCCUUGAUUUAUUAGACUUACUAGUGCAGUGCCCAGACUCGUCUAGACGAGCAGAAAAGGUUGAAGAUUUAAGUUUAUUAUUCAUUCACAUCCAUCAUUUGCUGAAUGAAUUUAGACCCCAUCAGGCUCGUGAAACUUUGAGAGUUAUGAUGGAAAUGCAGCGGCGGCAAAGAAUUGAAACAGCACAACGAUUUCAAAAACAUCUAGAUAAGGUUAUGGAGAUACUGCAACAGGCAUUACAAAUGCUUCCUGACAAUUUAGAAUUAGAUUCAAAGUUAAUUAUCCCCACUGAAUUAUUUGAGAGUAUGGAUGCAAAUAAACAAGAUGAGUCAGCAAAUGAAAGUUGUUAUCCACUGGAUCGUUUGAUGUGCGAAAUUGUAGAUUCCAUGUGAAUGUGUGUGUAUGUGAGUAGCUGCAGCUUUAUUAGACUUCUGAAAGAUUGAAAAACUGAACUCGUAGAGCACAAUUUCACAUAUUGAUAGUGAUUUUGUGAGAAUUGUAACAAGUAUGAUUUACUUAAACAUGUUUUAAUAUGAAAUCUACUUUCAGAGAAAUGCUGGUUACUAGUUCCAUUUGUGAGUUGUGUUUGUGUAUUGCUAACAGAUCAGAACUUGGUUUUCACCUUCAUCAUUUUGUAAAACUUUUUUUUGUGACUACGUGAUUGGAUCUCAGAAUGGUAAUUGUAAGAUCUGUUUCACAAAUAUUUUCUUAAACACAUUAAUGUUAAAAAAAUAUUUCUGUGUAUUUGUAAACAUCUAUAACAAGGCCGGUUUAGUUUUGAAACAUUUAUAUUAUUGUCAAAUUCCAAUUCAAUCUUAAUUUGUUACUUACAAACAAAAAUAUUUAUUUUUAUAUUAUAUCUUUAUUAUGUGAUGAAAUAGAAGUCCUAGGUCUUGUUUCUGAUGUUGUUUGUAUUGUAAAUAUCUUCAUGAUUGUAAAUUUUUUCACUUAGUCUCAUCAGAAAUCUUAUUAAUAAAAAGUAAAAGCCAAUUUUCAAAAUCAUUUUCAAUUCUUUUUACUCUUAUCACAAAUGCAUUGAGUUAGUAAAGCAAGUUGUAAUAAUAAAUAUGUAGUAAAAACGUUUUGUGCCAUGGUUCACCUAAUGCGUGACUGGGGUAGAGCAGAUGACGUCUUUGGGUGACUCCGGUUGGCAGGAGACUGAUAUUGCCUGCCGGCUGGGAGGGGAGGGGCUCACCCUUUCCCUACCUUGUACUCCAGCACCAUCCCCAGCCACUGCUUUGUUCCUCGGCGCAUGCUGUCUGCAAAGGCAGUUAACUUUCUUGGUCCCUGUGGGUUUCCAGUUGGAUCGGCGCGGCGGGCCUUCAAGUCCAUGCGGUGUGUGUGAUGUUGGCUUCUGCUGGGGCAAGGGCAUUGAAACCCACUGGCAGUGUUGGGUGGAGGGGCACCUGUCGACAUCUCACAGUGAUUAAUUUUUCAUUGCUAGAUGGAAAUCCUAGUGUUGGUACCUUUGAGAUUAGCAGUGUUUUAUGGGUAUAAGUGUGUUCACUACCAACACAGGUAUUGGUGAUUUUAAAGACAACACCUUGCGAUCUAGCAUGCAGGGUGAGAGGUUGGCAGUUUGAUAUUGGUCAACUGCCGGAAUUUGGCUUCAUGUAAUAAACUGCAACGAGUUUGUAGCCUUGUCGGAAUUGUAACGGCUCUAAUACCAAUAAUUUCCAAGUGAAUACUGGAGCAUCACCAUAUCCAAAGACUUCAAUUUAUUCCAAAUGUAUAAAAAUGAUAUUAUGAGAAUUCUUAAUGCUUAAAAUAUUCAAAUUAAUUUAUUAUCAGCUCUUAUAUUUGGAAAUGAAUAAAAGAAACUUUCAA